GUCGUCUUCUCCAGUUCUCCAAAUGAUCUCUAUCCAUUCACAGCUCCUCCAUGGCUACACUUCAUUAUGUGCCACUCGAAAAGCCAUAAUGUACGGUGGCUCUAACAUCUGAAGCAUAUAACUCUGCUUAACCAUGGUGAACAAACUGAGCUAAAGUUGUGAAGUGGAUAAGUUUCCAAAUCAACGCAGAAUAGAAGACAACGCGGAUUCGCUGAGCUCAUUAAAGAUGCCAGAGGUUCGGGACCUUUCAGAGGCUCUGCCUGAAAUGCCCUUGGAUCCCAUCACUGGAGUCGGAGUUGUAGCCUCUAGAAACAGAGCUCCCACUGGAUAUGAUGUGGUCUCUACCACCACAGAUGGCCUUGAUGCUGAUUUGUGGAAAGAUGGCCUUUUUAAAUCCAAGGUGACUCGCUACCUGUGCUUCACAAGGGUCUUUUCUAAGGAAAAUAGCCAUCUAGGCAAUGUGCUUGUGGACAUGAAGCUUAUUGACAUAAAAGACACUCUCCCUGUGGGCUUCAUUCCUAUACAAGAAACAGUUGAUACACAGGAGCAGGCCUUUAGGAAACGAAGACUUUGUAUUAAGUUUAUUCCUAGAGACUCCACAGAAGCUGCCAUUUGUGACAUACGCAUCCUGGGACGCUCCAAACAAGCUCCUCCUCAGUACACAUUUAUUGGGGAACUCAAUAAUAUGGGAAUAUGGUAUCGCAUGGGCAAUGUGCCCCGGGCACAGGACUCCACUCACACCCCAACCACCAACAAUGUCCAGAAUAUGAACUCCACUUCCAAUGCAGCCCCUGUUCCCACUGCUCCUAUGCCUAAACAUAUAUCAAUGACACUUCCUGCCAGUUUCAGAGGAAAGAACACAACAAGACCAGAUUACGAGCACCAAAACUCCAAUCUGUAUGCCAUCUCCGCUAUGGAUGGUGUUCCUUUCAUGAUCUCAGAGAAGUUUGCCUGUGCCUCAUCUGAUUUACAGCAAGUGGAUCUAAUGGGCAUCACCAUUAAGUCGCUGGCUGAGAUUGAAAAAGAAUAUGACUACAGUUUCCGUACAGAGCACAGUGCAGCAGCCCGCCUCCCUCCCAGUCCCACACGGACGUCACUCAGCUCUGAGGCCUGAUCCCCAGGACUAUAAUCCACACUAGCCAGAGAAAAGUCAACUACUGAGCUCCCACAUCAAUAAAAUCACUCUGAACUAUGAACAAAUAAUAAAUAGUCAACAAGAAGUGCUGAUGGAAAAUUGACCUUUAAAACAGGAAGUCUUUCCUAUAAACUGAAAAGACAAUAAAUGGGUUGACUUCUGUCUUUAACCACUACAGAAAAUAUCUUUCUUGUAUCUACUAGAGCCACAGUGAAUAAAUACCAUCCAUUUUCAAGGCUUUUGCUACAAUAAAAAGCAAGAGGACAAGAAGGACAGAAAGAACAGGGUCUGAUGAACAUUUUUGUUUGGUUCAGUUUAUCAAAUUGUUAUAUACUUGUGAGAAUGUGAGUGCACUUUGUUUUGGGGAUUUGGUGUGUGCUGCAAUCCACUCCCUCACUGAUGAUGCUAUUUUAAUUUUCCUGUUUUUACUGAACCACUAUUUUCAUAUUACAUAUUCAUAUGUCAGUGGACUGGUGAUCAUUAUAGAAUGCAGCUAUCUUUUAUUAUUAGCACCAUUUCAGUCAGUCUCCGCCAAAAUGUAUUUACUUGAUCAGUUUGUUCAAGUCGGAACCAUAAAAAAAGUAUUGAUGCUACCACCAGGCUCAUUGUCUACUCUCCCUGAUUAUUAAAUAAUUUCUCAGUGAUUAUUCUGUUUUACAUGAACAAAAUUAGUCUUUUCAUUAUUUUAUGUACUGUGUAUGUCUCUUUUUUUUAGCAUCAGAUGUAUCCACUCUUGACUAUUAACAAAUCUUUUUUUUUUUUUUUUUUUUUUUUUUUAACAAAAGCUAACCUGUGAAGAGUCCUUGAUUUACUGACCACUCUUUUGUGUAUUGGAAACUAUAAUAUAAAUUACCACUCAGAUAAUACCUUUUGGUAAUUAUGUGCUUUUUUUUAAUUUUGGUUUUCUGACUUUCCAGUUUCUUUGUGUUAUAUUACACUAUUCAUACACGCAAGUGACUUUUUGCUAAACAACUGUAAAGCAUCAGUAUAUUCUUCUAUUUGUUACAUUCACUGUUCUUUGAUACUGUACUUUUGUUUUGAGUUGUGUGGCAGCUCAAAAGAACAUUGAGAGAACUGUUGUUUCACUGAUGGAAAAUUUUGCCCAUUUCUACAUAUUUUUUGUGUUUUAAUUUAUUAGUGAAUUCAGUAUUGAACCUAUGUUCAAUGUAUGUUUUUAACAGAAUAUGUUAAUUGCACUGUCUGCUAUGUAAAAAAUAUAAGCAGUUCUAAUGCUUGUCUUGUGAUAAGCUAAAUGUGUUAUUUCUCAUGUUUAAUAAUAUUUUACAGUUUAACAAGAACUAAAAUGAGGGCACAGCCAGUAUCACUCUUGCUGCUUGAUGUGUCUGUUUUAUUGCAUGCUAGAUCUUCUUUUCAAAAUAUCUGUAUAUACAAACAGUUUAUUAAACUGAGAUGAGCAAAUUAC